UGACCUGAAGAUUAUAUAAUUAGAAGGUUUUUGUUAUGCUUGCAUCUCAAAUCAGUGAUUAGCAUGUGACAGUCCCAUCCUGGGAAACGUCAAGCCACCAUUGCUCUCUCUCCCUCUCUCUCUCCUUUCUUGCACAGUGCUAAUUCCCAACUCUAGCAACCACCAGUGCUGAAGGAUCUUCAGCUAGCCUGGGGGUUCAGAUGAGCUGCCCCAGCCCAGGGCUCCCAUGUGGGCAGCUGUAAGCCAUGGGAUGUUCCCAGUGACCAGCCAGAGCCCUCCCGAGUGAGGACACGAGUCCCUGCGAGGACGCACUCCCCAUAGCAGCCAUGGACACAAACAAACACGAAGGAGGGACUGAAAGUGUGCCUGUGAGUACCCCUGCAACACAGAUUUCCCAGGACUCAAGCGCCUGAGUUCCCGGGGUGGCUCUCCGCUUACCAGCAGUGCUCCCGUUUUGGACUCAGUUUAUAACCAGAUGUUAGGCCGCAUUUCUGUUGUAAAGUUGCAGGCAUUGGCCUCUGAGCUGAAGGCUGGUUUCACAGAAGCAAUGCAGGAGCUGUCACGCAUCCAGCAUGGAGAGUAUGCCCUGGAGGAGAAGGUCAAGAGCUGCCGCUGUGCCAUGGAAGAGAAGGUGGCCGAGAUGAAGAAUUCCCUCAACACGUUCAAGGAGGAGCUCAGCGAUGCAAAGUCAAUGAUUGAAGAAAUCAGUGCCAAGCAGGAGGAAAUGCAACAGAAAAUUGAGCAGCUGCAGCAAGAGAAGCGGCGGGAAUCACGGAAAAUGAAAGCUAAGAGAGCACAGAAGGAUGACCACGGAUCACAGACAGUGCCAACACCUCUCCAGGGCAGCCCGUUCCGAUCCAUCAACCUCCCAGAACCUGUGCUGAUCAAUGAAGAUUUUACAAGUCUUUUACACAAUGUGACUUAUGAAAAAGUGUCUGACACCAGGAUCAUGCCCAUGGGAGAAGGAGGUGUGAAGGUCAUAGCAGGCCCAGGAGCAGCCAUAGAGACAGAUGACAGCCUCAAGCCUUCCCUGGCAACAGAGGGACAGUCAAAAAUGCAUCUGCCAUCAACAGUGUGGAAGCAGCCCAAGGACACCAAGGACUGGGGAGAUGAAUACAUUUCCAAAGAGCAACCAGAGAGAGGGAAGGACAUGGGCCAGAGCAGAUACAGCUCAGCAGACAACAUAAUAUGUGAACCCUCUUUGGCUGCCAAAAGGCAGAACAUCGCCUUGGAGCUGCUGGAGUCAGAAAGGAAGUACGUCAUCAACCUUUCCCUCAUCCUGAAGAUCAAGGCCACACUGCAAGGGCCAGAUGUGAAAAGAAGCACCAAAGAGAGAAGCUUUUUCCCCAACUCUUUGCGGUUCCUGGUGCAGCAGCACGUGGAUUUACUGCACGCUCUCCAGGAGAGAGUCCUGAGCUGGCCACGACAAGGGAUCCUAGGAGACAUCUUCCUGAAGCUGACAAAUGAUGAGAAUAAUUUUCUGGACUACUACGUUGCUUACCUGAGGGACCUGCCAGAAUGCAUCUCUCUGAUCCACGUGGUGAUCCUGAAGGAGGUAGAAGAAGAAAUCAAGUCUGAUCUCUACAUUCUGUUCUUUCAUAUAGUCCAGCGAAUCCCUGAAUACCUUAUUCAUCUACAGAAUGUCCUGAAGUUCACGGAGCAAGAGCACCCUGACUAUUACCUGCUGCUGGUGUGCGUGCAGCGCCUCCGCGUUUUCAUCUCACACUACAGCCUCCUCUUCCAGUGCAAUGAAGACCUGUUGAUACAGAAGAGGAAAAAGCUGAAGAACCCGACGAUGGAUUUCUCCUCCCUCAGGUCAUCCCUGGUGAAGCUGUACAAAGGUCUCACCUCCCAGUGCACAAGCCAGGAGGUUUCUCCAACACCCAGUGCAGCAUCAAUGCGGGACAGUGGCAUCCACACUGAAGAGGCCAUCCAGUCAUUCCCAGCAGCACCUUCCUCUGGCACAACCACCCCGCAUUUGAUGCCGCAGAUGAAGAAACCACAGCCGACAGUGAUGGAGAACAUCCAGGCUGUAAAACCCCCUGACUGGGAGAUGGAAAGCAGAAAACAUGAGAGGCCAGAGAACAUCCUUGCCUCCUCUCAGCUGACAGAGCAGGAACUCAAGGCCUUGACAGCCCCCUUGCAAUCCAUCCCCGAAAUGGAGUACGAAGCACCGCCGGCUGACGCGGUAGGGAACACUGAGAGAGCCAUCAGAACCUCCGUGGAGCUGCUGCAGGAUGCCAGGAACUUUGCACCAAGCUACGAAGAGUUUGACUACCCUGGGGAGGUUUUCACCAUGCCAGGCCCCUACGAAGAUGACACCUUCCAAAACCUUGCUCUCUUUGAGAACUGCUCCCCGGCCUCUUCCGAGUCCAGCUUGGAUAUUUGCUUCCUUAGGCCUGUGAACUUCACCUCAGAACCGGAGAGGACAGACCAUGCCUUGCAGCCCCUGCCUAAGAGCUGCACUCCCGUGAGCAGCAGCACCUACAAGCGUGAGAUGUUCCACAGCAAAGGGAAGCAGCUGAGCAGGUCCCUGAAGGAGCUGCCACGCAGCGCCGAGGGCGUGAGCACCAGACUCUACAGCACACGGAGCAGCAGUGGGAGCCGUCUGCAGCAGAAGCAGGACAGGAAUGUUCAGCCUCACAUGAUCUCAGCCUCAUCCCGAAGCUCCCAAAGGAGCUACUUCCCCCCACAGAGAGGAGCGGGUGAAAAACCGAGCUUUUUGGAAGAGCUCCAUGCAGAAGACAACACCAGGUUCUGCCAGAAGGAUGACAAUGAGCAAACAUCCUUCAGCGACCACAACCCGCGGCACGAGCCCAAGGGGGGGUUCCGGAGCUCCUUCCGCAAGCUCUUCAAAAAGAAAUAAGCAGCCCCAAGAGAGGCAGGCCACAGCCAAAGCACAGCAGUGCUUCCCCAGGUCCCCGGGGGUGGAGACAGACAGCAAGGCCCCAGGAUCCCCCUGGCUAACACAGAGGGUGGAGGGUGGGGGAGAGGAGACUCUCACAACUGCCUUACGAAUGCAUCCUGCUCUUCCUAGCACAGGGCAGGGCCAGGCUUUGGGUUGCAGUGGAGCACAACCAGCAGGUCCAAUAAGCACAGGAACUUGCUAGCUUUCAUCUCUACCUGACUGAACUUCCCUCAGUUUUGGAAAGCUUUGGCCGAACCCUUAUAUCUUCUCCUCCCCCUCAUCCCCCAAAACUGCUUGAUUUGCUGUACAUCUUUGCUCUUCCCAACUCAAGGCAGGUCUUAUCUGGCCUCAACCACAACAGAAAGGUUACCUUUGCAACCCUGGCAUCCUGGCCAGAAGUCUAAAAUUCCCUUCUUUCCUCUACUUUCCAAAAAACCCUACCAUCAAAGAUGCAUUCCAGGAGGCCAGCUCGCAUUACCCAGGCGGUUUGAGAAGGUCUAAGAAGCAUCAGCUGAAGCACCUGAGCAUUGCACUGCCUAAUCAGCAACAUCCUUUCUUUUGGACUUCCAUCACUCAUCAAAAUCCUACUUCACCUUUUAUGUGAAUGCUGUUUUCCUGAAUUGUGUCCUGCUCUGGGAAUCACUGCUUCUGCUCUCAGAAUGACCCGUGUCUCCAGGCAGGCUGGGCCCAGGGCCUGCCACAAGAGACUCUUCUCCACCUUAUCCCCAGUGUGGAUCAGUGCAGACACUGGUGGUGCCAAACAGUGUCCUGGCUCCUGGUCUGUAACACACCUGGAAUACACUUUGCUCACUCUUUGGCCUGACACCAUCAUGUGCAGCUUUGGAAAGGUUCCUCCAGCUAAAAAUUGAGGCACUAGGGCAGGAAAGUUGAUGGUGCACCAUGUUCAGAGCCAUAGCCCUCCUUCUUGUGCAAGGACAGAUCAACGAGGCCAGGCACAGGCCACCCUCCUCACACCUGGAUGUGACAAACCCUCAGCUCCUGAUCUCUGCAGAAGGCUGUGCUGUGACACCUGUGUCACACACCAGCAGCGAGAGCACCACGGGCUCAGUGGGUUACAGUGCAGUCCUGGUGAGCUCUGGUGUCACCCGAAGCUGGGACCUUCUGAGGGCAGUUUCAAGAGCACCUGUGGUUUUAUCAGCUUGCUUUGACACACCUGGGACUCCGGUCUGUCCAAAGGACAGCUUCACCUGAAAAAGUUGUGAAUUGUCUCCAUGGGGCCAACAGCAAUGCCUUGGGGGAAAUCCUGUGAGACUGGGGGCUUGGGACUCCCCGCAUCAGCGCAAGGGUGGUCGGUUUUGGGGCCAAGAGAAGAGCACCCACCAUGCUGCAGGGCUCUCCUGGCUGUGGCAGCAGCACAGGGAGCCCAGAGCAGGUGUCCGUGGAUGCAGUGGCCAAUACCUGCUGCAGAUGCAGGGCCCAGAGCUCUCCAGUGCUGACUGACCUGCACCUACCACCUGCUUUUCCUCCUCUGCUGGAGGCAGAGGGGUGUGUGUGAAAAGGGCUAUCCAGACAGACAAAACCCAACCUUUACUGCAAUCAAGGUUUUCCCAACAUUUCAAGAAUGUGACCAAGCAAAACCCCAAAGAUUAAAAUGUUUUAGCUGGUCACUCUCUCAUAGAUUUUAAUGAAACAAAUAUCCACUUCUCCUCCUUACAAAAAGGAAAGAAGUACCCUACUUUCCUCCCAUAGCUUUUGGAAACUACUCUGGGAAGAUUUUUUUUUUUAAUGUAAGGCUUUUAAUGGCAAAAAAAAUCCCCUUCCAUCUCCUUCCCUUUCCCUCACAUCCUCAUAAAACUACAAAUUCCAUGUUCCUUUCCAGUCAGGACUGCUUCAUGCUGACCAGCACUGAUUCACAAAGACAGUUCCUAAGAGUUGGCAGCUUUUAGUCUGAUUGUGCAGGGCCAGGAUAGAAAUUGUGCAGGAAGAGCCAGAUACUUGUAACUGAAGCAUCAGCAAAGCCUGUUCGUUCUGCACAGGAAUCAGCCACAGACAGAACUGCUUGUUUGUCCAUGGAAUCAGAACUGUAUCACUAUGGACAAGUGUCCAUUGUAAUGCACUGAUGCUGUCAAGGGCUCUGAUUUUUGUGGUCUCAAGUAUGUAAUGACACUUUAAUCUCACAAAACAAACCUGCUUUUCAUAUUUGCCAAGCAAAAUACCAGGACAGAAACAGGACAAAGGAAAAAACCCUACCUGCUAACAUCUCCUGGGUGAGGAAAUCCUUCCAAAGUGGCAGACCCUUGCUUGUAAAAUGCAUAUGGAUUUCAGCUUCUAUUUUAGUGAUUUAAGGCACAGUCAGAACUGAUGGUUAUUUCUUUUUGAUUCUCUAUGAGUUCUUACUUCUAGGCCUAUACUUACCACUUGAGAUGUCCUUAUACCUGCUGCAAAUGUAAAUAGUAUGAAUGAAUGAUGCUCAGCACCACACACACACAACCUGUCACAAGGUCCACUUCAAAUCCAUCUUUAGUGUACAUGUGUGCUCUGGAUUAUUUUUUUUUUCCUUUGCCAAAUAAACUUUGCCUUUAAAUACU